UGACACAUGGGACUCUGCUAGUGCCAGUGAUGUGAUGGCUGUGAAUAUGGAGAGGUUUGUCAGUGAAGGUAAAGGGAAUGGCUUGCGUGCUCUUCGUGAAUUCAAAGCCGGCGAGGUGAUCCAUUCGAGCGAGCCUUAUGCAUUCUGCAUAGCCAAGGAUUUCUUGAAAACCACCUGCCAACAAUGUCUCAAGAGAGGUGAAAGUCUUCUGAGAUGUUCCCAGUGUAAGACGGCCCGUUACUGCAAUAUGCAGUGUCAGAAACAAGCAUGGCCCGAACACAAGAAAGAAUGCAAAUAUCUCAAGCGCCUCCAACCACGGAUCCCCACCGAUUCUGUUCGUCUGGUCGCAAGAAUCAUUUUCAAACUGCUUAGCCAAUCAGAAAGUGACAAGGAUGAGAUGUACUCGAUAUCUGAACACCAGUCACAUCUAGCAGACAUGAGUGAGGAGAAGAAGGAAGGCUUGGUGCAUCUCUGCUCUACCCUCCAGGUGUAUCUCGGUGAGGAGAACUGUGAUCUAUCUCACCUACCGCCUGGCCUGGACCCCAUCAACCUUCUCGCCAGAGUGACCUGUAACUGUUUCAGCAUCAGUGAUGGAGAGCUGCAGGAUGUGGGGGUGGGGCUUUACCCCAGCAUGUCCCUGCUGAACCACGACUGCCAGCCAAAUUGUGUCAUGGUGUUUGAGGGCAAGAAACUCACACUGAGAGCUGUUCGGUUCAUCAGAACCUGUGAAGAGUUGACUAUAAGCUACACCGAUGUCCUUGUGCCCAGCAAAAUGAGACAGGCCCAGUUACAGGAGCAGUACCACUUCCUGUGUCAGUGUGAGCACUGUACCUCUAAAGACAAGGACUCGGACAUGCUGUCUGGAGAGAGGACAGCGUGGACGUCCUUAAGAGACACCAUCCCUCACCUGGAGCAUCUUCAGUCAGAGCAAAACUGGGAGGAGUUACUGCAAGAGAGCCAGGUUCUUUUGGACAAGUAUGGUGAUGUUGUACCAGACAGGAACAUUUAUUUGCUCAGGUUGCUGGAUCUGGCCAUGGAUGCUUGCAUCAGCCUGGAUGACUAUGUGAAAGCAUUGGAAUAUGGCAGUAGGGUUCUGGAACCUUACAAAUUCUACUACCGUGAUCCUCAUCCAUCCAGAGCGGUGGAGCUGCUGCGGGUGGGGAAGCUUCAGCACUACCUAGGCAGACUGGAGGAGGCUCAGGGGAGCUUCACACAGGCCUAUGAUAUCAUGAAGGUGACCCAUGGGACGGAGCAUGCCCUGACUAAUGAGGUGAGGAGAAAACUGGCAGAGUGCCAGGCUGAGCUGGGUCGAGUCUAGCCUGAUCUGUGCCAUUGCAUAAGCCUGUGUCAUCAUCGCACUGCCACGAGACCAACUAUGCCAGCUUUGCCACAGACACCAUGCCACCGCUCCAAAUUCCUCCCUACUCUUUCUUUUACACGUUGGCUGUCAAUCAGUGCUUCUCUAUAUUUGUUCUCAAAUGGAAUUUUUCUGGAUGGUUGUAUUGGCCACCUGCUCUUGUGCCGCUGUGCAUCAAACCCGAUGAACCCAAAUACUGAAUACUUUUUUUACUUUUUUGUACCAUGCGAGAGGGGAAAAAACAGCAUUGCUUGCUUCUUCGUUUCAUUUCAAUUUUGGGAAAAGAAAAGCUAUUUAUUCAAAUUAUUGUGUUUAAAAACAUUUUUGCAAUAAUGACAGAUGGGUGCUGCUACCUGCCCUGCAAAACAGCUGUUCACUUUUUUUCUUUUUUUAAGUAAGAGAAGAUUCAGUUUUACACCCAUUUUUUACAGCCAAAAUUGUACUGUUAUCAGUCAGUGUCAGAAGAUCGCUGAACUAAUCUAACUAAAUCUAAAUUGCACAUUACACAUACAGUAAAUAGAUAAAUAGUGCAGCUUUUUAAUUGUGUAGAAUAUCUGGGGCACUCUACUUUUGCUUUAGACUACCAUAGAUACUGUAGGAGUUAAAUCUUAUUAGUAUUCAAAUGCAUCUUUCAGAUUAAGAGUUGCUUAAUGGAAUAACUUUUUUAGUCAUUUCAUGAUUCAACUAACAAGCAACUGCUCUGAGACAAAUAUAGUUCGUAGGCUAGUGUCUGGUCAAUCGAGUAAUAAAAUUAUUCAAAAAUAAAAUUUCAUAUUGCCCUUUUAAGAUUGCUGUGUUUAGUCCUAUUUCAAGGAAUAGUAUUUACCAGAUUGAAAGGUCUUGCAGAAAUAUAAAUGGUAGACAAGACAAAGUAAAAGAAGAAAUUUUUUGGAUUUGAUACAUGCUGUUUGGAGAACCUCGGGAAUGCCCAUGAACACUUACCAAACAAAUUACAGUGGGGUAGUAGUUUUUCAAAACUGUUUAUUAAACACUGGCAUAAUGAUCCUUCACACCGCAUUAAUACAAAUUUCUUUAGAUUUAGAUUUUAUAUUUACUUUCGUGUGCUCAUAUCAUCAACAGCAGUGAAAUCUUACACCUUUUUAGCAAUAACUAAUGUGUUUUGCUUUGUAAAAAAGGCCCUAAACAUCGCAGCUCAUAAUUGUGCGUAGCUUUGGUUUCUCAUCAUUACUUUCAGUAAUCAGAGUAACUCUGGCAGUUCCAUUUGUUUAGAUUUGAUAAACAUGUUUCAACAGCUGCUUUGAAUUUUCAUGCUCUUCUUUUACAAUUUGUAUUCUUGCAGCUCAUGUAAGCUACUUUGAUGUGUUAUAUCGGCCAUUCCUUCUAUGCAGUAUAUUUUCAUGUCCUCAUUUUAUAUGUCUUCAUAUCCUGGAUAAACCAUUAAACUUGCAGUAUUUAAAGUUCA